AUUUUCUAACAAGUGGCUUCCGCAAAAUGAGCAUCAUUUUAACAAGUUAUGCACGUUGAUAAAGUACUUUUAAUAAUCUUCCUUUACGCGACAAGCGUACGGUGCAGCGAUCGAACGUUGACACGGAAUGCCAGGACAUUUGACUCGUCAUUGUCCGCAUGGCCGCAAGCGCUCUUCAGUAAUCGGCCCGAUGUUUCGAUCUUCCCGAAAUUCUGGCCCAGUCGACUGCAAUUCCAAGAAUGGACUAAGAAUGGUAUCAUGAGUAUGUUACGUCUCGCGUCUUUUGUAAGUGGGAACGAGCCCAUGCGCAUCGAAUUCAGACCCGAGGAUGGACCACGCGCUGCAAAAGCGUAUCAACGGCGCUUCGGGUAUCGCGGCGAGUGGCUCAUCAAACAGUUGGGGGAUGGUCUUGGUCCCGAUAUUCGACUGAACAACAGACCUGUGCCUAGUACGUUCCCAAUGCCACCUCUAACUCCCUUUAGAAGUGGAAGUAAUUCGAUCCGUAACAGCGCGAGUGCACUCAAAUACAAUCGGUAUGUUAACUUAAAUUAGUAGUAGGAUAGCCAAAACUCUAGACUAUAAAAAAUAAUUAUCAAGUACAAAUCCGCAUGCAUUUAUUAUUUAUAUAUAAAUUUAUAUAUAAAUGUGAUUAUUAUUGUGAAUGUGUACAUUAUUUUGUAAGAAAAAGACGCGCGUAUUGAAUCUAAGAUUGUAUAAAAAUAUACGCACGUAAAAGUA